UGAAGGUCGCCGUAACAGUCCGCGUUUGUUUAGCAAAAUUCGAGAACUAAUAUUUACGCAUACUUGUGAGAAAUUUGCAAAGAUCCCGAUUCGAGUCUAUAGGUUUUCUCGGAAAACGAACGGGCGGCGAGCGUUUUUUCUUACGUGCCUACGAUUUUGUCGAACGCGUACCCGCCAAUGAGUGAAAAUUAAAUAUAGAAGGAUGAUAUAAAACGCUUAUUUUCAAAGUUUUUCCUGUGACGAUUACAUUUGCGGUUCGUAAAAAGUGAGGAUCAAGUGUGGAAAAAUUAGGGCGCGAUGUGCCUCUCGCUGGUAUUUCUAUUAGUGUCCCUCACGGUCGCCAGAGCGGGGUUCUUGUAUGGUCAGCCGUGCAGCGAGAGAAACACCGCCUACUUGUAUUCCACGACGUGGACGAUCCCGGAAAAUCGGGAGAUAAAUUGCGUGGACGUAACCGGAUUCCGGAACCCGAACUUGAUGAACUAUCUCGAGUUUUUCCGACUUGCCUCUGCCGCGCACACUUUGUACGCCGACCACAUGAACUUGACUAGUUUUCCGGUAUCGAUGGUCUUCUCGCUUCCCGGUUUGGAAACCCUGGAUCUGUCCGGAAACCACAUCAGACGACUGCCGUACCGGAUGUACAAGAUCGCGCCCAGCGUGUCGAAAUUGAUGGUGGCGGAAAAUCGGUUGUUUGUGCCAAAAAAGCGGCCACUGUUUGUCUCCAACACCGUCAAAAUGCUGAUGCUCAGCAAAAAUAAAAUAGGUCACGUUUAUCCCGUGACGUUUAAGCGAAUGCCGAACCUGGAGGUGUUGUAUCUGGACUCGAACGCCAUCAAGUGCAUUUCGGCGGAUAUCUUUAAACCUUUGGCGGGGUUAAAGUAUUUGCAUUUGGGCUUGAAUCAGAUACAAGAUUUCCCGGCGCAGAGCUUGAUGCCCCCGCAGCUCAGGCAUUACAUCACCAAGGACCAGCGCAGAAUCAAGGUGGAGCCUUUUUGCGAAGCCUAGUUAAACGCUAGUUUUUCGUCCCCCAAUGAGUUGCUUCCUGUACGCCGUAAACUUUUCGCCUGAAGAAGUGGCCCUUUAGCUUCACGUUUAUAAUCGUAAAAUUAAUGGAAUUUUGAAAGCGGGUUGUAAUUUAACAAAUAAACAAAGGUUAAUUCUGUAACAGUGAUUAUUAAUCACUAGCACACCCAAAAUUAAAAUCAGCAAAGGUUUCGAAGAAAAAAUUUCAGGCAAUCGGGUAAUUUUUCUCAAAAAUAAUAGAUCUAACCGCACCAUCUCGAAUAUGAUCGAUAAAACGGAAGAUAAAGUUUUACCUCUCAAUGUUUUGACGACUUUUAUACCGUUCCGCCUUGUUCAUAAUUACAUAUUAUAUAUUAUAAAAGUAUUUAUUGUAUUUUUCAUAAUAAAUAGCUGAA